CCGGAAGCUCAGUCUUGCUCACUAAGUCCGCCUCACCAACAGAUGUCGACAUCUGCUGUUACGUUCUAAGUGAAAUUGUUCAGGAAGCGGAAGAAGCUCUGCAAUAUUGUUUGGGGAGUUGUUCAUACAGUUAGUGUACAUUUUUUUAUUUAGUUGUACAGUGUUUAAUCGGGGUUUCAUAAGAGAGGAUGGCAGAAGCCCUUCCACCUCAGUUAAGACAAAUCCAACAUCAUUUACGGACUGGGCAGGAACAUGAGAAACGGGACCCCGUUGUGGCAUAUUACUGUCGUCUCUACGCCAUGCAGACAGGAAUGAAAUUGGACAGUAAAACCCCUGAGUGCCGCAAGUUUCUCGUGAAAUUAAUGGAUCAGUUGGAGACGAUGAAGAAAGAGUUGGGUGACAAUGAGUCGAUUUCUCAGGAGCUGGUUGGCCAUGCUCACAUUGAAAAUUAUGCUUUAAAAAUGUUCCUCUACGCAGAUAAUGAAGAUCGCUCAGGACGGUUUCACAAGAACAUGAUUAAGUCAUUCUACACGGCAAGUCUCCUGUUAGAUGUCCUGUCUGUGUUUGGAGAGCUCUCUGAAGAGAACUUCCAGCACAGGAAGUAUGCUAAAUGGAAGGCAACAUACAUCCACAACUGUCUGAAGAAUGGAGAGGUGCCGCAGUCAGGGCCAAUUGGAAUGGAAGGGGAAGAAUAUGAUGAUGAAUAUGAUGUAGAACAUGGUGCAGCCUCUCAGCCUUCUCAGCCUUCACCGCAUGUGCUUCCCAGAGAUGGUCCAGGUGCCAACACUAACUUCUCAAACAUACAGAUCCCACCUGGAGCACAUGCACCUGCCAACACCCCAGCUGAGGUACCUCAUUUCACAGGUGAGCCUUGUAAUCCAGUUCAGCCUGUUCCACGAAACAUCCCUGUGGUAGAUCCCUCAUUGCUCAAUGCAAGUCAACAGGGGGAAGUCCGUCUGACACCAGAAGAUUAUACUAGAGCUCAGAAGUACUGCAAAUAUGCCGGAAGUGCUCUGCAGUAUGAAGAUGUAGGCGAGGCUAUACAGAAUCUUCAGAAGGCACUCAAGUUACUCACUACAGGCAGAGAAUGAAGCCUUUGUCUUCAGUGUCAGUAUCUGCCCAAAAGAACUAAGAGCCCAUUACUCCACCCUCAGCUAUAUUAGAAGAAUGCAAUUCUGUUAAAGCCCUCAAAUUGAAAACAACAAUGAAAUCUGUGUUUCCAUAUCAGAUUCCUACUGUAGUAUUAAUCAGCAGCUUAGGUUACUUUUCUACAGAAUGGAAAGAGAGCAGGUUGGAAGCCAUGUAUUAAAACUUUUAGGUUCCUUAUGUUAACAGCCAAGGUUAAGGAUCUUAUAUACAGAAUAAUAAACUACAUAGGAAAGACAAAAGUGUAACAGAAAAUCCAUGUAUUCUGCUUGUAUGUAUUUGCUGAUUGCUGUGUCUUUAACUUUAGUGUGCUCUUACAAAAGAUAUUAGAUUAGUUAACUUCCUGUUUAGUAAUACUGACACAUUUUUUUGUUAUUAUUAUUUUUUAAAUAUCACAGUGACCUUAGGUAAAUAUAAUGCAUUUCUGUUUGCAGAAUUUCAUUUUUUGAAAUGUGAUCAUUUCUGUGGUGGUUGGCUUCAGUUACAUCCCUAUCAUAUGUUUUGUGUUUAUGAACAUAUUUCUAUUAAACACAUGUUAUCUACAA